UCUUCUCAAUGCGUGAAUCGGAAAAUAUGUUGGACGCAUUACAUUUAUGUUAAUGAAUCAGUUAAUUGAGCUCAUAGAAAUAGAAAGAUGUUCUCAGUGCUGUGAUACACAUGGACUGAAACAUGCGUUUUCGGACCAGAUUCAAAACUAAUCUUUCGAAUUGGUGCUGCUUGAUUCUUGUGAUAAGUGCCGGAUUUUUCCAGGAUGUUGUAGGGGAAGACGAUGGCAUUGUUGACUUGAUAGAAGCUGCUGAUCUUUACGAAGAACCAGACGGGAUAGUGAGAAUCUUAGGUCGUUGUUGGAAUAAUACAGAGGAAUAUGAACCGAAGAAACAAGAUUGGGCUUACAGGUGGAAUGAACAUGCUCAAAUUUCACUAAGAACGCUGGACUACUUUCCAGAUGCUUUUCCCACGGACUUUUCCGUCCUAAUUGUGGCGAGGCCCACCCCAGGUCAGAUUUACUCUCUUUUCACCUUGUAUAGUCGAGAUGGAGACGUGCAAUUCUCAGUUACUGUUGGAAAAGAUGUUAGUGUAUUCUACGAAGAUGAAGAUGAAAUGCCCGUAGAAGAUAAUCUGAUAUCCUUUGGAAUUUCCUUGGAUGAUGGACAAUGGCAUCGUCUGGCGUUCAGCAUCAAAGGAGACUCGAUAACACUGAUUUAUGACUGUCAUCAAACCAUUACAAAAUCUUUGCUCCGAAAAAACACAUCCAAAUUGAGCAACGAUGGACUCAUCAACAUCGGAUACGAACUAGUUGAAGAGGGUUAUUACAAUGGAGACGUGCAACUGAUCAAAAUAGCUCCAAAACCCGACACAGCUUACGAACUCUGUAAAAUAUAUGCUCCAGAUUGUGCAGUGAUUUACAAUAGCUACAGAGCAGUGAGCGGUGGAAGCUCUUUCAUCACAGGUAACUCGUAUGGCUUCACUUCAUCAAGUAGUGGUAGUGCAGGAUUUUCAGGCAGCUUCAGUGGUGGAUCUUCAGGUGGAAGUAGUGGCAAAUUUACUGUCAGCAGUACUGGAACAGAUGGAAGGAUCAGAGGAGAUUCGUAUGAGUCAGAAGGUGAUCGUUCGUUUGGAGGCUUCGAGGUUGAGGAUAAUACAUCAGGAAAUUCCAGCGAAGUAAAAGAAACAACGUUCGAAGAAAAUUCUGGGAUGAUAGCUAAUCGUUCGCGGACUGAAGGAAGACCCUUUUCCAACGUGGAUGAUGAAAAUUUCCCAGAUUUUGAUGAAACUCCAGUCACAGAGCUGAACAGAUUCGCAAUCAACCAAGGAGGUGGCCUGAGUUCAGUGAACGUGGAAUUCGUUUCUAAUGCUGAAACGAGAAAUAAUUCCGAAGAAGAAAAUGGAGAAAUUGAUGAAAACUUGUCUGGAAAGUUGCUUAUUGGUCCACAAUUGAGUACAAUUAGCACACCCAGAAUCAUCGACGUUGAACUACACACAACUAGCGCGCCAGAUUAUGAAGUACCCGAGGAAAACAAUUUUGACGCCUCGCCUUCCGGUCCUGAUACUUCUUUCGGAAAUUAUCCCUACUCUGGAAUAAGAGGACCACCUGGUCCGAGAGGAUUUCCAGGACCACCAGGAUCUCCAGGACUCCCAGGUCCCAAAGGAGAAACCGGACGAGAUGGUUUGUAUGGCACUCCAGGAAUACCUGGUCCGCCUGGACAUGUUUUCAUGAUUCCGAUGAACGUUCAAGGAAACGAAAAGGGCCCAGAUCAACAAGCAGAAUCAUACAGGCAAAUGUUGGCACAGCAUAUGACGGCGAUGACAGGAAUCGAAGGGCCAAUGGGACUCACCGGCGUACCUGGACCUCAAGGCCCUACUGGACCUGAAGGAGCCAAAGGAGAACCUGGAGAUAGCGGAGAGCCGGGCCUACCUGGUAUAAGAGGAAUUACAGGUCCUCCGGGCCGGGAAGGAAACAGAGGAAGAUCUGGGAGGGAUGGUGAAAGAGGACCUAGUGGACCUCCAGGAGAUAAAGGAGAACAAGGGCUGAUUGGACUUCCGGGACUACCUGGCGAAAAAGGUGAUAGAGGAGCACUCGGAAGUCCAGGUGAGAAAGGAUCGCCUGGUCAUGACGGGAUACAAGGAGAAGAAGGUCCUUCUGGUUCACCUGGUCUAACAGGAGAAAUGGGACCACGAGGUUUUACAGGUCCAAGAGGAAUUCCUGGUCUACCUGGAGCACCAGGAAUUCCCGGAAAUGAAGGCCCACCUGGGAGCAAAGGACACCCAGGUCCAACAGGACAGCCCGGUCAACCUGGUCAACCAGGACCCCAUGGUGCUAUAGGACCACCUGGUCCUCAAGGAUUACUAGGCCCUCCUGGAUUCAUGGGUCCUCGUGGAAAACCGGGAAUCCCCGGUCUUCCAGGCAGUGAAGGCCUACCAGGUACAAACGGCAAUCCUGGGCCUCCGGGCCCGAAAGGAGAGCAAGGAACACAGGGACCGCAAGGUUCAAUCGGAUUUCCGGGAGCUCGAGGUAUUAAAGGCGAUGAAGGAAAACGAGGAAAGCGUGGCGAAAAAGGCGAAAGAGGAGAUAGAGGAAUAGAAGGUGAAAAGGGGGAGCCUGGGGCAAAGGGAGAUGUUGGACCCCAAGGACUACAGGGAAUUCUGGGAUUGGAGGGACCUGAGGGACCGAAGGGAUUUGACGGUCCGAGAGGGGAAACCGGGCAAAUGGGGCCUCCAGGAGAAAAAGGAAAAGAGGGGUUGCAGGGUUUAGCAGGAUAUCCUGGAACGAUGGGUGAAAAAGGCGACAAAGGAGCUACAGGAAGAGCAGGUCCCGAUGGAGACAAGGGUGACAGAGGUCAUCCUGGGCUGGCUGGGGAAAGAGGCGAGAUGGGACCAAGAGGAUUCAGAGGAGCAAGAGGUCGACGUGGUUCUGAUGGCCUCCAAGGCCCCAAAGGAGACACAGGCCAGCCCGGACCUCCCGGUCCUGAAGGGGAAGUGGGUCCCCCAGGACUUGAAGGGGCCAAAGGAUUCAUUGGUUUACCAGGUGCUGCAGGUCCGGCCGGAAAAGAUGGAGCUCCAGGUAUGCCUGGGGAGAGAGGUCCACCGGGAGAACCAGGAAAAACAGGUCCUGUUGGAGCUCCCGGCGUCAUUGGACCUCAAGGGCCUGCAGGGGAAGCUGGGCCAAUAGGUGAACCUGGAACUCCUGGGUCCCCCGGAAUGCCCGGAGAGUCAGGAUUUCCAGGAGAGGCGGGCAAAGAAGGAUCUCCAGGACCACCGGGUCCUCCUGGGACCCCAGGACCAAUGGGACCAACAGGCUUACCUGGGUUCCCAGGAGACAGGGGAAAUAAUGGUUUACCCGGAAUGCCGGGUUUAAAAGGGGACAUGGGCCCCAUGGGCUUUCCCGGUGUGGUUGGUGAGAAAGGUCAACAAGGAGAACCAGGAAAAGAUGGCCCACCAGGGCCUGAAGGCCGUAGAGGGCCUACGGGGCCGCCCGGACCUGGUGGGGCCAAAGGAGAGCGGGGUGAAGCUGGUUCACCAGGAAUAGCUGGUAGAGAUGGCCUUCCCGGCUUGAGGGGUCUUUCUGGAGCACCUGGCCCCAUAGGACCACCUGGAGAGGAUGGAGAUAAGGGUGAUAUUGGUCCCCCGGGGGAAAAGGGCUUCAAAGGAUCACGAGGAGAGGCAGGACCAGAAGGAAGUCCAGGUCUUCAAGGGCUUAGGGGUGAGCCAGGUCCCGCUGGACCUCAGGGUGAACGAGGACCUCCAGGUGCAAUGGGUAGGCAUGGUGCUAAGGGAGAAGAUGGACCAAAGGGCUUACCAGGUUCAUCGGGUCCUGCUGGGCCGCAAGGGUUGCCUGGACCACCCGGCGUGAAAGGAGAAAUCGGCGAUUAUGGUCAAAAGGGUCCUCCUGGUCCAAUGGGUACCCCAGGCGAACAAGGACCAAGAGGCCCCAAAGGAACUGAGGGAUUGCCGGGAUUGAUAGGCCCUGAAGGUAAACAAGGACCCAAGGGAGAUGACGGACCACCAGGGCCAACUGGUCCACCUGGAGACGAUGGGAAAAAUGGAGAACGCGGACCCCCGGGUCAAAAGGGAGAAGAAGGAAAGGCAGGUCUUCAAGGAUCUUCCGGUCCGAGAGGUGUACCUGGACAAGAGGGACCAAAGGGAGAUGCUGGUGCACCUGGUUUUCCGGGGCCUCCUGGUGAACCUGGUUUACCUGGAGUGAAGGGUGAUCGAGGAAAAGAUGGUGAUGAUGGAAAACAAGGAGAAAUUGGCCCUCCAGGGGAACAAGGCAUUACAGGAAAAAUGGGACCGACUGGUCCCCCAGGAAAACCAGGUCCUGAAGGGCCAGCAGGACAACAAGGUAGCAGUGGGCUUCCUGGCGAGAAGGGAGAUAAGGGAGCUGUUGGAGCGCCUGGACUACAGGGAUCCCCAGGAGCUCAAGGUAUUCCAGGACCGCAAGGUGCCCCUGGUCUGACUGGAGCUCCCGGUGCUUCAGGAGAAAAUGGGCCUCCUGGUUCGCCAGGUAUACCAGGGUCUGAAGGCAAGAUUGGAGAAAAAGGUUUACGAGGUCAGAAAGGAGAUCGUGGUCGAAGAGGACCCAAGGGCCACAGAGGAGAAAUCGGAAAUCCUGGGAUGAAAGGAGACGAAGGAGAUAUGGGAGUGAAAGGAGAAAGGGGUCCAAGAGGCCCUGAAGGACCUAAAGGGAUUGCGGGACCUCCAGGUCUCCCCGGUCCCAAAGGUAACGACGGACCCCCGGGAUUACCCGGUCUAGAAGGUCCUCCAGGUCCUAAAGGUUCAGAUGGCCAGGCGGGAAUGAAAGGAGAACCAGGUCCAGUCGGACCCCAAGGCCCUCCUGGUCCUCCAGCGGAGAUGCCUCUAUUGCCGCCGGAAAUGCUGUUUCAAAUGCAGACCUCCUCUGUUGAUAAGGGAAUAACCAGAAAAAGAAGAAGUGUGGAGGAACUUAUUAGUGACUAUGAAGACGAAAUUGAAUCAAAGAAAGAGGACGACUUCCAGGCUGAUGAGACAUUAGUAAAAGAGGAUAUUAAUGUGAAGUUUUUGGAUAUGUAUAGCACAAUUUAUUCCAUGAGACAAGAAUUAGAGAAGUUCCGAAAACCUACAGGAACCAAAGAAAAUCCUGCCAUGACUUGCAAAGAUCUAUAUUAUGGGCACUCACAUUACACUGAUGGUUGGUAUUGGAUAGAUCCUAAUCUGGGUAUGAAAGACGAUGCUGUGUAUGUAUACUGUAAUAUGACAGCCGAAGGAGAGACCUGCGUAUUUCCAGAUGUGCAUACAUCCAAUAUGCCCAACAUUCCAUGGAGAAAAGAAAGCAAGAAGAAAGAGUGGUAUUCUAAUUUGAAAGGUGGUUUCAAGAUCUCUUACGAAACUGUCGGUACCGUUCAGAUGGCUUUCCUGAGACUCCUAUCACAAGAAGUUCAUCAGAACUUCACAUACACAUGUAUCAACAGCAUAGCUUGGUAUAACGCUAAAACUUACAAGUACGACUUGUCCAUCAAGUUGCUGGGAGAAAAUGAUCAGGAAUUCUCCAAUAACGGUCUAAAGCCAGAUGUAAUUUCUGACGGAUGUAAAACAGGAACUGAUAAAGGCGAGACUAUUUUCGAGAUUACAACCAAGAAACUGUCCCAACUUCCGAUAGUCGACUUCCUUCCUGUGGAUUAUGGACAUCCCAAUCAAGCUUUUGGUUUCUCGGUGGGUCCUGUUUGUUAUAGAUGAAAAUAACGAAAAUAGGAGAAGGAUAAUGUUGAACGUGGGUCAUGAUCCAAGAUUGUAUUUCAUUAUAGCACCCUUAUUUAUUUUCUCAUAAGAAUGUACAUAUUUUGCCACUGCCAUUUUAUAUAUUUCAAAGUUCAAGUUCUAUGAUUGUAUAUAGUUAAUAUUAAAAGUUUUGGGGUU